GGUGGGGAUCACAGCUACUUCUUUGUCAGGGAUGGAGUGGACUGGCUGGGCGGUUGUGGGAGACAUAGGAAAAGGCGACUGGGGACUGAAGAUGUCAGACAACAUGGCAUCACUGUUCAUGGUCAUGUCGUUGAAGGCUUGUGUGCUCCCCAGCUCGGCUUUGGUCUCUCCUGGGCAUGCAGUCCUCUGUGGAGGAGAAAACACAUCUCUGUAGAGGCAGUAGGAUUCAGGAGCAGGCACCUAGCCACCCCCCUGUUCUGUGGGGCUAGCACUCACUGUACAAUUCCGUCUUUCCCACUCCCUACAAAGAUGAGCCCAAGAAAGGAAAGAAACCUUCUCAUUUCCUUAUCAAGUCUCCCCAUAAGUCUCUUCUUGUGAAUCCCAGUUGGUUUUCCUUCUCUUCUAGCCUGCAUGAACCACCCUUUCUCCUGGGGUAACCUAGGUUGUCUCAACUUGGUUAUGAAUGAGAGCUGGAGAUAAGGGCUGAGGUGGUCCUCAAAGGUUCUUUUUCUUCAGGAAUACCUUCUGCAAAGUCCCCUUUUUGAGAAGUGGCUGCAGGUGCCAUCUGUGUAAGGUAGUCAGCUUGGUGCGAGUGUCACUGGAAGGUGGGAUGCCCAUGGCUUUCUUCUAUCUUCCCUAUCUUUUAGCCUCCUGUUUUCCCACUUCCUCAUUUUCAAGGCUCUCCCUUUUCCCUGGUCAUUGCCCAGAGCACAACAUGAUCUUCAGGAAACAGCUAAAUAACUCACCUUAAUGAAAUACUUUUUCCUAGUACAACGAUAAAAAGAAAAGGUGCAGAAGUCGGGGAAGAAAGGAGUUCCUGGCAGUUCAGAGCAUAUGGGCCCUAGAAAGAGUCAAAUAAAGACACAGACUCAGUGUUAAACUCCAGUGCUGGGGUCCCACCAGCCCUCAGCAAUAACCUCACUGUCUAAUGACAUCCCUUCAUAAAACCCCCAUGCCAUUUGGGUGCCUCCCUGAAGCUUGGUGAGAAACUCCACCACUUCUUGGUCAUCUCCAUGACCCAAGGUGUGAAAGGAGGCUGGUCCCAGGGACAUGUUUGGAUGCAAUCAAGUGUGAGAGAGGAUGCUCACGAGAAGAUGUCUUCUCACCACAGGGUCUCUCCCCACUCCUCUCCCCCACCAGCUCACAAGUCUCUGUCCCCUCCCAGUGAUCAGGUCUGGUGCUGGCUCUACAGGACCCCCAUCCAUCUGCCUGCCCUGGGGAGUCACAGUUGGCUUUACCCUCAGGGAUGACUCCAUGGUUUUCGUACUUGUCCAGCAUCUGGACCAGGGGGUUCUGGCAGCCGUACAGUGCACGAAGGAGGCAGGCAGUGCUGGCAUGACGGGCAGCCCGGAGGGACCUGAAGAACUGGCGGUACUCCUGGUCAGAGAGUGGUGUUCCUGGCUGCUGCACUUUCAUUCCCCAGGGGCCAGCUGUGCAGCCCCAACCCAAGAGCACUGGUGAAAAAUAAAAUGCAGGGAGUCAGAGGGAGAAAGGAAUGCUAACCUUGCCACACUCAGAAGAGCCAGAAGGCUGAACCCAGAUCUCUGUUGCCUUCUCUGGGUGCACAUGGGAAAUGCAGGCUCAAGAUGCAGGGUCUAGACCUGGGGAAAACCUGCUCUGCCCAUAUUGAAAGGGGUGUAGUAUUUUGGGGACAGUACAUGGCUGAGGGACCUUCACCAAAGCUCUGAAUAUUCAAAUCUUGAAAUGAGAGAAAUGUCUUGGAAGUCAAUGAUGAUAUUGGGAAUGUAGCCCUGCUGUUGGGGCUGGAGCAAGGAAACUGUUUCCUUUCGAGAUUUUAGCCUCUGCAAAUUCUCUUCCUCUGGCUAAGUGAGUCCAGAGCACUUGAGUUAAUGGAGCAUGCCCCAGUGGACGCAUGUAUGCCCUUAUGAUGGGCCAAAUGUUCACUGAACCCUUAUGCAGAACUUAAAGCCGAUUCUUCCCUGUAAAGAACAUUAUGAAAGCUUGUGAAAUCAAACCUUUGGAGGUUAGAUGUGUCCAAGUAAAAGCUUCAUGUGCAAUCUUAAUUUCAUCUCCUCUUGCAUGUGCUUUUUAUACAUUCUUGAAGUACACACCAGCCUACUCUUUUCUAAAAACUUGGCAGCUCCUUCAGUGUAGAGACUGGACCUGCUCUGUCAGGGAAUCAGUUUCCCAGGUUAGGCACUUACUAUAUUCAGGACAUCUGCCUCAUUUCCCACAGCUUGGGAGGUGUAUGGAAGAAUGAGUCAGGAAGAUGUUGGAAGGGCAAGGGUAGUUACGUUGGUACUCUUCCAAGAAGUAGGUUUUAUUCCUGACUGCACUAGAGGCUCCUGCGUGAUGCUAGGCAAGUACCAGGUUUCUUAGCAUGUUAUUAAUGGCAUUUUCCUUACCUUGUGGGCUGCCAUUUAUAGGAAGGCUGAGCUUUCUUUCAGUUUUGGAGUCUGCAUGUGGUGUAUUUAGCUACAUUAGCAUAUCUACUCUGAGAAAACAGAGCUGAGAUAUCUCAAACCGAGAUUCUAAAAGUAGUGGAUGAUUUGAGUUUAAUCCCUAUUUGCCCUCAUUUUGCUAUUUGCAAAAUCACCAUAAACCAAUUAAUAGCUGUGAAGUUCUAAAACAUGGGAGUAUGUAAAAAGAUCCUGAGGAAGUGAGUCAUUCUGUCUAUAGCAGAGUUCAAAUGGGAUCAGUAAAUAAAUCAGAGUCAAACCCUGAACAAUAAGGGUGACAUAACAUACUGAAUAGCUGCUGAUUAGAAAGGCAGUGUCCAUCCAGGGACUAAAGAAGCCAAGACCAUGUGAAAACAGUGAAGCCAGGUAAUUAAAGAGCUGGGUUACUACAUGGGGAACAAAUCUAAGGUUGCAAAAUGACUGUGAUUCAGGCAUGCUCCAAGCUUGACUUUGCAACCUCUGUAAGUCUCUUAACCUAUGACGUCUUUGGUUUUCUUUUCGUCAAAACAAAAACUUCCGCAUGGCCUAUAUCUCAUUAACAUCUAUGCCAUCUUAUUAACACCUAUGUGUUAAGGUUACGUGUAGUGUUCCCCCCAAGAGGACAGCAAGGGUUAUCAUGCACUUGGUGGGGCAGUAGGAAAGGAAGGCACCACACUUUGCCAGGUGAUUGGGGCAGGGUUGCAGAAAGCAGGGGAAUGAGGAGACUGGGGGAUACAGAGCACCUCCACGGUCUCCUGCUAGGAUGUGGCCAGAGCAGCCUGGCCUUUCUACCCAUUUCUUCCAGCUAUAUACCUUUCUGUUUGUCUUUAAGCAAGGUUCUCUCUCAGGCCUCUUUCUCCUCCCUCCCCUGUCACUUCAUCUGGCCAGCUUUUCCCUCCAGAUCUCUGCCUUUGCAUUUGUGUCUGUUUUACGCACCCAGCUGACCCUGUUAUUGCAUCACCAGUCUCCACCUCUACUCCAGCCUCUGCCCACUGCAUCCAGCUCCAAGUCCUCCUCCCUCGCUCCUAGGUCACUCUCUGGCCUGCCUUGAUAAAUAAAAUACCAGCUUCAAUGGGUGAAGACUGGCAAAAUUUUAAGCACAUGAAAUCUUUGCACCUGAGGCAUUCGAGGGUGCUCCCAUCUCUUUCUCUCACCUCCAGAUUGCCAAAGCUGGAGAGUGAUCGGGAGAGGUGAAGAGCAGCUGGGUCGGCUGCCCUUUCUCAUAACCUGGCUUGAAGGAGAGACAUUUACUACUCACCAAACAAAACCAGACAAGCCCAUGUGGCCAACAUCACACCGUGAGUGGUGUCCGUAACAGUCUGGGGUCCCCUAUGCUGCCUGAGGUGUCACCUCUGCUGCUUUGCCUGCCUGCCUGCGUUCUCUUCCUGCCCCUCUGGGUUCUCCCAGGAGAGCUGGGGAGGUGUCAUGGGUGGUGGUGUCAUAGAAGACGCCUCUGUUCCCACUGUUCCUUCCACUGCUGCCCCUGCUUCCUCCUGACCACGCCUGCCCCCCCACCGGGCCUGUGUGCUGCCCAGUGCUGGAUUUGUGUUGGGGAAGGCAGUGGCAGCUGCUUGCCUGAGGCAGAGUUUGGGCACAGGCUACCUCCUGUGGCAGUGGGGUCUGAUGUCUUUGCUGUGCCACUGGGUUCAAACUCAGAGAAGGUCCCCGUGGAAGAUGUUUGGUUUCCCUGGGUUGACAUCCAUGGGAACUUUAUUCUCCCCACGUCCCCCGUCUCCUGGAGACUCGUGGUCUCAGUGGUGGCUCGCCUGCUCCUGGCCAGCCUCAUCCUUCAUGGGGAAGCCUCUUUGGGGCUGCUAUCUAUCUGUCAUCACAGGAGCUCAGUCUCUCUCAUUGCUCAUUUUGCCUGGUAAGGAGUAGGUUACCUUAUCAGCCAGGACACUGCUUGUAGACUUGGCUUUGUCCAAACAUGGUUGCUCUGGAGACUAGCACCUUGUCCUGGGUUUGGUGCUCAGUGGUGUUUCGGGUUUCCCAUCUUGUUUAAAGACAGAUCUUUCCUACCGACCACACAACAUGCUUUUCUGCCAUAUCCCACAACCUACCUGGCUCUGCACAGCAUCAGCUGUCUUCCUGCAUCUGCAUUCUACCUUCUGUAGGUGCUUGUCCACCAUUUUAGGGUGCAUGUUGACGAUGCGCUCGCAGCAGCUCUCGAACGACAGUAGGAAGGGACUGAGCCAGAAGGACGUUUCUUUUCUCCUAAAAUCAGAAGGAUGGUUCAGCAGGGUCAGGCUUACCCACAGAGUGGCGCUGUGGAUGGAGAUUGUAUGGGGAGGGAGACCUUGGCUUCCUUGCCUUUUACUAGGAUCAGAGCCUGUAGCUGCUGCCUGCUGCCAGGAGGAAUGGAAACACCCUCUCCCCAAGGGGUGAUCCCACCAAAUCCACUGUGGAAGAGGCGGUGUGGAGCAGGAAGGAUGUGACUCCAGGCUGAGGCAGAGCCAACAAAAUGUCAGAUCUCCAUUUUAUCAGGGGCCUCCUUUUUUUGUGGUGGUGUUAUGCAGGUGAGGAAAUCUUCCCUCUGUCCUCAGGAGGGCCUGGCAACUGUCACAGUACCGUCCUCGGGUACACCACUGAGCAGCCAGUUUGUUUGUUUCUCAUUUUGAAAUGAAAAGAUGCUGGUUUACAUUUCUUACGAACACCCAGUCAUGAGCAAUUUUACACUUGUUCCUAGUGGCACGGUGGGAAUCUACGUGACCAAAAUGGUGCAACACCAUUGCAGAGCUGGCAUUCAUUCACAUGUGCAGUUUUAAAGCAUUUUCUUUCUGUAACCUGUACAUUUCUAGGAUGUUACUGAGCCCUCAGCAUCUUAAAAUGCCUCUGUACAAAUACCACUGCACAAAUGUAGUGCUAAAUGGGUGACCUAAUUUUCUAUCCCACAAACCCCACUCCUGCACAGCAUACUUCUGCUCUGAAAAGAGAUCCUUGAAAAGUGGGAUUGUAUAUUGGCUGACUAAAUCAUCUCGGUGUUCAUGCAUAAACAGGUGUGUGUUUGUUUUUUUCUGCUCACUGCCAGCCCUGUAAACCCCAUCUGGAACAAGGCAGCCAAAUUGCCAUUUUUCUGGAGCACAGGACAGAAAAUUCUGCCUUCGGACUGCUCCUGUCAGUAAUGUGUGAGCAGACCAAAAUCUCUCACCCAGACCUGCGUGUGCCUGGCUGAGCCACUGAGAGCAACCAAGCAAAAUACUCCUUUGGUAAAGGCAAUAAAUGGGACGCCAGACAGACACAGAAAGCAGCUCAGUUGUGAAGGUGGCUUUUUUCUUCCAUCUGCAGAACAGAACUGCAUUAACUAUAUUAUGUUCUUAUUUAGUUCACUAGGAAGAAAGAUGAUGGAGAGAAAAUGGUCUGAGGAAUCAGUAUUAUUCUUACACAAAACCCAGUAGAAGGCAUUUUGGUCUGGAAGUGCAGCAGGAGGAACAUCCAGACACUUGUGAGAAGUCAGCAAACUGGCAGGCAGCUCUCUGCUGAUAGGUAGUCAAACCUGUCUUCACUACAUGAGCUGGCCCUGGUUACUGGACCCAAACAGCAGUGUCACGGUGUGUGUGGCAGAACAGACAGUGACCCUGACUCAUGUUUCUGGGUGUCAUUUUCCUCUAGUCUAGGUUGCUUUCAUCUGCUAAAUACUUAUUCUUGUGUAAUCUCAUUCUACUGCACGGCUACACAUCUGUUUUCUUUCCUUUAAUCAGGAUCUGCAGUCCCUAACUUGGCUUUAACCUCCUGGAUGGAGUGAAGAGAAACAGCUUUGUGGCCAGAAGCAGCUAAACACCAAGACAGUAGAGAGAUUGCUCACAAGAUCACCUGAAUCAAAACCUGAGGGGUUUAUCCUGCUGCAUUCACCUCAUAUUCUGACAUCCCACACAUAAGAGGAUGAUGUCAACUGUGUAAACAGUGCCAUCCAGCUAAUCGGCUUACCUCACACUCCAGCAUCCAUUUCCAAAGUGACAGGACCAUGGACAACACACAAAAGGGCAAGCUUCAUCAGGAGAGUCCUGUGAGAGCUGAACUGCAUCUAUUCCCCUCCAGAAAGCUCACAGGAGAUACCUUCCAGGAUGCUGAUCAAAGACAGGACUGCAAGCAGGAGCUGGAGGCAGAAAGUGAGGUGGAGACUUUUGGAAAGAGAUGGGGAAUGGUAACUCCCUGUGGGAUGGAAGUCUGGGAACGUGAGGACAGUGGUAGAGCCCACAUCAGCAAAGUUAUCCUUGUUGGAGACAAGCCAGACCCACCCAUGUGUGGGAAUGGUGCCAUUUGGAUUCAGCAGGUGGGAGAGAAAACCUACGAGUGUCCCGAGUGUGGGAAGAGCUUCAGCCGGAGCUCAUACCUGAGCCAGCACCAGAGGAUCCACCUGUCAGAGAAACCCUUCAGCUGCUCUGAAUGUGGGAAGAGCUUCACCCGCAACUCAGACCUUAUCAAACACCAGCGGAUCCACACGGGCGAGAAGCCCUACCAGUGCAAUGAGUGCAAGAAGACCUUCAGCCAGAGAUCCAAUGUGAUCAGGCACCAGCGGACCCACACGGGAGAGAGACACUACCAGUGCAACGAAUGCGGGAAGAGCUUCAGCCAGAACUCGCAUCUCAUUGUCCACCAGAGAAGCCACAAGGGUGAGAAACCCUUUAAUUGUCCGCGGUGUGAGAAGAGCUUCAGCGAUCGCUCUUCCCUGAUCAUACACCGCAGAGUCCACACGGGAGAGAAGCCUCACAAGUGCCAGGAGUGUGGGAAGCGUUUCCGGGACAGCUCAGCCAUCAUUAGGCAUCAGAGGAUCCACACGGGAGAGAAACCAUACGAGUGCACCGAAUGUGGGAAAACCUUCCGGCAGAGCUCCUCGCUGGUGACCCAUAUGCGAACACACACAGGCGAGAAGCCCUACAAGUGCCCUGUGUGCGGAAAGGGCUUUAGCCAGAGCUCGGCGCUCACCACGCAUCGCCGCAUCCACGGGGGAAAGGCCUUGCCCAUGUACCACGGUGGCCUCCUGACCAACCCCUACCAGUGUGCUGAGUGUGGCCGGAGGUGCAGCGACCGCUCCACUCUGGCCAAGCACCAGACCACGCAUGCCGAGGAACGGCCCUACAUCUGCGUGGAGUGCGGGGACAGCUUCCGGCGGAGCUCGGCUCUCAAUGUGCACCUGAGGAUCCACCGCGGGGAGAGACCCUACAAGUGCGAGGAGUGCGGAAAAACAUUCAGGCACAGCUCAGCCCUUGGUGCCCACCUGAGGAUCCAUGCAGGAGCCAAGCCCUAUGAGUGCGGUGAGUGUGGGAAAAGCUUCCGGAAAAGCUCAACGCUUAAAGUGCAUUUGAAAAUCCACGCAGCCAAGAAACCUUACAAAUGUACGAUGGGUAGGAGAACAUUCACUUCCCGCUCACUUCUGCCGUAGGGCUGGAGCGGAUGAUUGGAACAGGAAACAAAAGCAGUGUUUGAGGUACCUGAAAAGGGUGGGUGAUGAGAACCAUGGUGGGAAGAGACUGACUGGAGACAUGGUAGCUCUGGUGUCAGGACUGGGGGCUUAACCUCAGCAGCACAAAAACCAUUAGGAGGUCUGGAAGCAGGGAGUUAGUCCUAAGAACCGAGCACCGGUGGUUUAGGAAGAGUGCUGAGAGCCUAGGGACCAGACACCAGCUUCUGGGUACAUCAGGGACUGUGAAUAUGCGGUAGAAUAACAACUGGCAGAAUCAGGCUUGUAACAUAACUUUACAACUAAAGCAAAGAUCAAAAAAAGUUCCAGGUUGGUUCCGACUCAAAACUUUGGCUUGUUAGACACUUAGUAGUCUUAGGAACUCUCUUUUUAUUACUUUUCCUGCUUUUUGAUGAAUGUAGUAAGUUUACACUUUGACAAGGCACUUCCAAUCUUUUGAGUCUAAGACUUUGGAGCUGAACUUCAAUCUAUUUGUCUUUUCUUCCUUUUUUUUUCCAAAUCUUACAUGAGACAAUGACUUCUUACCUCUUCAUGCAAAGCCUGAGUGACACAAUAGCUGAGUAACGCAAAACUCUUGCGGCUGUUCCCAGAAAACAUAGAUGUGCAAGUAUUUCCAGUUGGAACACUGCCCAUUACUGGUCUGUGGCAGCUUCUUCCAAAUUUGUCCUUGCUGGUUUGAAGCACCUUCCAAUUUGGGACAUCAACAAAACAUGGGCAAAAAUGUGGCCUUACCUUAUUUAACCAAAAAAAUACUUCCCCCCCCCCCCCCC